UUGUCCAAUUACUGGGUCCAGUUACAAAAACAUAAAUGCUAUUUCCACCGACAUUUCACUUGUCCCGUGUGCUUGGACUUUUUCGUAAAUCCUGUUCUUCUGCCCGAAUGUCCCAUUUGUAGAGAAAUAUCCCAAAUGGAUGAUCCUCCAGCAAAUUUGGCUUUGAGGAACCUGUGUGAGAGUUUUCAACAGGAGAGAAAACAGAGAUCUUCAUCUGAGGGGGAAACAGUCUGCAGUGUUCACAGAGAGAAGCUCAAACUCUUCUGUCUGGAUGAUCAACAGCCCGUGUGUGUGGUGUGUCGAGACUCCAAAACACACACCGACCACAGAUUCUGUCCUAUAGAGGAAGCAGUGAACAUCAAUAAGGAGAAACUCAGAGAUUCAUUGCAACACUUAAAGGAGAAACUGGGAGCAUUUGAGAACUUUAAACUGACUUUGGACCAAACUGCUGAUCUUAUUAAGAAUGAAACUCAAGAUACAGAGGAGAAGAUCACUAAGGAGUCCGAGGAACUUCACGAGAUUCUACGCAAUGAAGAAGAGGCCAGAAAAACAGCGCUGAGAGAAGAAGAGAAGCAGAAGUGUCAGAUGAUAAUGGAGAAGACUGAGAAGACGAGGAAACAGAUUGUCUCUCUCACAUGGAAAAUUAGAGACAUAGAGGAACAGAUGAACGCUAAAGAUGAUUUGUUCCUGAAGAACUUCAAGGCCACAUUGCAAAGAGCCAAGAGCCCACCGGAUCCAGGGAAUAUUUCAAAAUUGCUGAUCGAUGGCCGAAAAUACCUGAGUGACCUGAAGCACACUGUGUUACAGAAGAUUGAGGGUUCCAGCGGCGACCACAGUGUCAGGGAGGGGGGCAGCUCUAGAGGGGACCACAGCAGCAGGAGGGGCCAUAAUUACAGGAGGGGCCAGAGAUCCAGAGGGGGGCCACAGUUACAGGGGGGCCCCGCGUUCCAGGAGGACGUCCAAAGUUUUGGUGGAUCAUAUAAGUCCAGGGGGAUCUAUAGUCACAGGGGGGCCCAGAGCUCCAGAGGGGGGGCACAAUUCCAGGGGGGGCCCAAGAUCCAGGAAGACCAUGAUGAAAGCAAUGGUGUUCUUAACUGGGCGGAGGCGCUUGCAGUGGCCAAUUCCAUAGCUGAUGGUAUUCGCUAUAGUCUUCAGGACUUGGACGUGGCGCUACCAGUGGAGGGUGGCUCGCUGGCGCAAGGUGGCUCACUGGUUGAAAGUGGCUCGCUGGUUCAAGGUGGCUUGCUGGUUGAAGGUGACUCUCUAGUUCAAGGUGGCUCGCUGGUGGAGGGUGGCUCACUGGUUGAAGGUGACUCUCUAGUUCAAGGUGGCUUGCUGGUGGAGGGUGGCUCGCUGGUGCAAGGUGGCUCACUGGUUGAAGGUGACUUGCUGGUUUUAAGAGGAACUACCCAGCUAAGAAUGUCACGUUCCCAGGACGUUCUCAGAACGUCCCCACUGGUGUCAAGGACGUCGCCUAGUAACGUUCCGGGAACGUUCGGAGACGGUCAUGAUGUGGAGUUCUUUAAAGGUUCGGAGGACAACGUUCUCAGAACGUCCCCACUGGUGUCAAACACGUUGCCCAGUAACGUUCCGGGAACGUUCGGAGACGGUCAUGAUGUGGAGUUCUUUAAAGGUUCGGAGGACGUUAUUUUGCGACCUUCACGGAACAUUCGGGACGUUCUCAGAACGUCCCCACUGGUGUCAAACACGUUGCCUAGUAACGUUGCGGGAACGUUCGGAGACGGUCAUGAUGUGGAGUUCUUUAAAGGAACGUUCUAA